GAAUUUGACGUAUGAUUUGCAUAUAAACUAUUGUGCGAGCCUUGAGCGUGAAGAAUCAGCAAGAACUUAAUUUCUUAAUAUCUCCAACUUGGGUCUUUCAAUUUUUGUGUUAACUGAGCUGAUAUCUGCCUUACUGCAGAAAAUGUAUGGUUAAAACGUCGAUUCAGUUCAACCCCACAUGCGGCUACAACCCCAAUAAACAACAUUGUUGUGUGCAUUUCUCUUUAUUAGCUAGCUGUUGAUUAUAACUUUUCACGAUUUUCUUGGAUUUGGUUUAUCUGAUGAAUUAACUUUUUAUUUUUCAUUCAAGCAUUUGGGUUGUGGGAUGGUGGCAUUAGACUUUUUGGUUACUGUUGAUUCUUAUCCUAAGCCUGAUGAUAAGAUUCGUAGCACCAACUUUCUGUGAUUGAUUUUUCUUUAGUACUCUUCUGCAAAGUUGAGCUCAAUUUCUUGAUUUGGAUUGAAAUUUCAAGGGAUAUUUGGCUUUGUAUAGGUUCAAGGAGGUGGGAACACUGGGAGUGCUUUGACCUGUCACCUGUGCAGCUCGUUUGGGUUUAACUCCGAGAAUUAUAUCAAAGGUUGCGGAUGAUUCCCAAGGGAAAAGAAUACUGAAUGAACUAGAAGCUGAUGGAAUUGAUGCAUCUUUUAUUGUGGUGUCCGAAGGGGGCCAUUCUACAAUCUUUUACGUCAUUGUUGACAGUCAAACGGUAUCCGCCGAUGGUGUCUGCUGAUCUGCCAGACUCGAGUUUGUUAUCUGCAUUAGACGGUGUGAAACUUGUAUAUACUGAUGGAGUACUGCAUGAAAAUGCUUUGGUUGUGGCACAAGAGGCACAUCGAAGGAGUAUACCUAUUGUGAUUGAUGCAGAAAGAAAAAUAGAAGGAUUGGAUGAGCUUUUGCACUUGGCAACCUAUGUUAUUUGCUCAACAAGAUUUCCACAGAUAUGGACUGAGGCUCCAUCUAUACCAGGUGCACUUAUUUUGAUACUUUUGAAGUUGCCAAGUGCCAAAUUUGUAAUUGUGACAUUGGGUGAAGAUGGCUGCAUAAUGCUAGAAAGAGCAGAAACUGGGGAUGUCCAAUAUGAAGAAGUUGACAUUGAUGACUUGUUUGAAAAGAUGAAGCAGAGCAUAGAUACUACCUCAACCAUGCCGACAUGCAAAUCCUCGGAUGUAGCAAAGCUGCACGCAAAAGGGACUGGAACUUUGAGUGGUAGGCUGUUGGUUGGAACAGCUGAGAAGAUACCAUCUUCAGAACUAGUCGAUACAACUGGUGCUGGAGAUGCAUUUGUUGGAGCAGUUCUUUAUUCUCUCUGUGCCAAUUUGCCAGCAGAAAAGAUGUAAAGUUUUGGUGCUCAAGUGGCAGGUAUUGGUUGUAGAGCCUUGGGAGCAAGAGCUGGUCUUCCUCUUCUGAGAGACCCUCGCUUGACACCCUUUUUAGCCUAAUUAGAAGACCAGAGAUAAGCAGUAGCUACUAGCUAUGAUGACUUAGGCUAUUUCUUGGUUUCUUUCUCUAUUUUUAAUUUUAUUAUUUAUGUUUUGGUUUCCAUUUUGACACUAAUAUUUGACUAGUUUUGGUACAUAUGACCUGAAAUCGGUUUGGACAAAAACUUUGAAUUUAUGCAGAAAGCAAUGUUGAGGAACUUGCACCUUUAUCAAGUAGAUGGAACUCAGUGAUCGCAGCUUUUAGUUCUGUGGUUUACAAAAGAAAUGAAAAGAAAAAAAAUUCAAUAGCUUAAUGUGAAAUUUUUGUUUUCAUUUACGGGUGGGGUUCGCCGACCCCAAAACUUUUUGCGACUGUGGCGUAGUUGUAUUUAUGGGUGAGGGCAGGGCCGUGAAAUAUAAGCAUCAGUAUACAAUUCUAAUCAUUGGAUCAUCCAAUUUGGAUUUUGCAUUUUAUUUAUGAUUUUGCUGUUUUUUUGUGGAGAUA